GCGACCUGAGCUGAAGUCGGACGCUCAACUGACUGAGCCACCCAGGCGCCCCAUAGUUUUUAAAUGACCAUACAAACAGAUGUCCUGUGACUCAGCUACUUGCACCAGAGCAAGAAAUUCUGUGAGAGAGAUUCCUAGGCUUACCAGACUCCAAGUGGGCACAUUUAAAAUGUUGACGCUUCCGGGGCACCUGGGGGCUCAGCGGGUUAGGCGUCAGACUUCAGCUCAGGUCAUGAUCUUGCGGUCAGUGAGUUCAAGCCCCUCAGGCUCUGGGCUGACCGCUCAGAGCCUGGAGCCUGCUGCAUAUUCUGUGCCUCCCUCUCUCUCUGCUCCUCCCUUGCUUGUGCUCUGUCUCUCUGUCUCCCCAAAAUAAAUAAAUAUAAAAAAAAAUGUUGACAACUGCCUGGUUGCCUUCCCAGGGGUGUUGUAAGCCCUCCCACCGUGGGAGCCCACGGAAGAGUACACGCUGCCCACGGGGGAUGUGUACUGUCUCUCACUGGGGAGACAGGGCAUCUCUCUGUCCUUCACAUCCUUUGAUUAACAGUGUGGCCGAGCACCUCUCAUACCUUCAUUAGCCAGUCGUGUAUCGCAUCCCUUUUGCUACGAAUUGUUGUUAUCUGGGGUUUUUUUUUUUUAGCCUUUGCUUAUUUUUUUCAAUCGGGCUGUUCAUUUCCCUCACCAAUUUAUAGAAAUUCUUACACACAUCACAGAUAUGAAUCCCUUGUGUGUUACACACACCAUGCAUAUAUUUGGCUUGUGUCUUUAUUGCCAUGGCACAUCUGGCUGGUAAGCUGCUGGUUUUGGGAUGGAGGGACCGGUCAGAGAGAAGGCAGGCAAGGUAAAGAGAAACACAGAUGAGUGAUGGAGAGAGGGUAUCUGUCUUCAGUUACCUCUGUGGGGUGAGGGCAGCGAUGUGUGGAGGAAAAACAUGAUCAGGAGAAAAAUGGAUUAAUGGUCAUUCCUUACUAACUGCGAUUUUGGACAAAUUGACUUCUUUGAGGCUCAGUUUCUUCUACAAUAGAGGGGAUUUAAUGACACUUUAUAUAGGGUUGCUGUGGGGAAUAAAUGAGUACAUUCGUGUCAAGGACUUGCUUCAGGGUCUGGCCCUCAGUGUUUGAGCAAUAAAGCUUAUAGUGUGAAUGCAAUAAAAGGAGAUACACAGAUACCUUCUGACAUUUCAAAGGGCCAUGAACACAUAAGCUGAUGUUAGUUUACCAGGUUAUUAUCCCCUUCUCAAAAUGUACCGGAAGUCUGUGAAAUAUUCCAGAACUCUCUUCACUUAGAGUUGGGAGACUGGAAGGCUCCUGAGUGUCAGGACGCCUCCCACAUUCCCUGAUUGGUAAAUGAGGACGUCGGGGCUGGAGGUGAGGACAAGGCAAACUCAGGGUAGGGAGACUCCCUCACCGGUGGGGAGAAAGACAGGAGUUGUCUCCAUCAUGGCCGGAACAAAGGCACUUCUGACGCUGGAGAACUUCAUUAAUGGAAAGUUUGUACCUUGUAGCUCAUAUAUCGAUUCUUAUGAUCCGUCCACGGGGGAAGUAUACUGCAGGGUGCCAGACAGUGGAAACGAAGAGAUCGAAGCCGCAGUGGAGGCCGCCAGGGCAGCGUUUCCCGGCUGGUCGGCCAGGAGCCCCCAGGAGCGCUCACAGGUGCUGCACCGGCUGGCAGAUCUGCUGGAGAAAUCCCUGGAGGACUUGGCCCAGGCGGAAUCCAGAGACCAAGGGAAAACCGUAACGUUGGCAAGAACCAUGGACAUCCCCCGGUCUGUGCAGAACUUCCGGUUCUUCGCCUCCUCCAUCCUGCACCACACAUCAGAGUGCACACACAUGGACCACGUAGACUGUCUGCACUACACCCUGCGGGCCCCCGUGGGGAUCGCUGGUCUGAUCAGCCCCUGGAAUUUGCCACUCUACUUGCUGACCUGGAAGGUGGCUCCGGCCAUUGCUGCCGGCAACACCGUCAUAGCCAAGCCCAGCGAGCUGACGUCAGUGACGGCCUGGAUGAUGUGCAAACUCCUGGAGACAGCAGGUGUUCCACCAGGUGUGGUAAAUAUUGUGUUUGGAACGGGGCCCAAGGUAGGCGAGGCCCUGGUGUCCCAUCCAGAGGUACCCCUGAUUUCCUUCACGGGGAGCCAGCCCACUGCCGAGCGGAUCGCUCAGCUGAGUGCUCCCCAUUGCAAGAAGCUGUCCCUGGAGCUGGGGGGCAAGAACCCCGCCAUCAUCUUUGAGGACGCCAACCUGGAGGAGUGCAUUCCCACGACCGUCAGGUCCAGCUUUGCCAACCAGGGUGAAAUCUGCCUCUGUACCAGCAGAAUCUUUGUCCAGAAGAGCAUCUAUAGUGAAUUUUUGAAGAAGUUUGUAGCAGCUACCAGAAUGUGGAAAGUUGGCAUUCCCUCCGAUCCAUCGGCCAACAUGGGAGCUCUGAUAAGUAAAGCUCAUUUGGAAAAAGUCAGAAGUUACGUCAAGAAAGCCCGCGCCGAAGGGGCCCGAAUUCUGUGUGGUGAAGGGGUGGAUACGUUGAGUCUCCCCGCCAAGAAUCAAGCAGGAUAUUUUAUGCUUCCCACAGUCAUAACAGACAUUAAGGAUGAAUCCUGCUGCAUGAAGGAAGAGAUAUUUGGUCCAGUGACAUGUGUCGUCCCCUUCGAUAGUGAGGAAGAAGUGAUUCAAAGAGCGAACAGUGUUAAAUACGGGUUGGCAGCAACUGUGUGGUCAAGCAACGUGGGCCGUGUCCACCGAGUGGCUAAGAAGCUGCAGUCGGGCUUGGUCUGGACCAACUGCUGGCUCAUCAGAGAGCUGAACCUCCCUUUCGGGGGGAUGAAGAGUUCCGGGAUAGGCAGAGAGGGAGCCAAAGACUCUUACGAAUUUUUCACUGAAGUCAAAACAAUCACCAUUAAGCACUGACCUCGGCCAGCGGAGAAAGCUGUUAUGGUCAAUGCUCGGCUGUAGAGAAUCAGUCAUCCAACGUGGUGAGCAGACUCACCAGCAUAAAUUCUAGCCACAUCUUGACUUAGCGGAUUUUCUCUACCUUAUCCUUGGUAGUAUUUUUAUUUGCUGUCAAAGAGAUGCUGUCUAUUUUCACUGUGGAGUCAAAGAAGAGAAGACUUCUGAACAGGAAGGCACAAAAAGAGAGCCAAGGGAUUGUCAGGUUUCCUUUAUGUUGUGUCUUCACUUUUUUUUUUUCAUUGUUUUGAUUGAAUUCUUGGUAAUUUAGAGACAAUCUUUUUUUUUUUUUUUUUUUUGCUUCUUUUUUUUUAAUUUGAGAGGGAGGGAGAGAGAGAGAGAGGGAGAGAGAGAGGAUGAGCACAAGUGGGGGAGAGGGCCAGAGGGAGAGAGAGAAAGAGAGAAUCUUAAACUGGUUCCAUGCUUAGCAUGGAGCCUGAUGCAGGGCUCAAUCCCAUGACCCUGGAAUCAUGACUUGAGCUGAAAUCAAGAGUCAGAUAGAUGCUCAGGCAACUGAACCACCCAGGCACCAACAUCAAUAUCGAUGAAGCCAACGUUGAUGAUAAGCAUAAUAUGGAAUUUGUCAGAGCAGGCCUAUAUGGUAGGUCCCACUAAAUACAUCUAUAUAAAGACAAAGAAAAAUAACAUAAUGACUGCUUUUGGAGGGAAUUUGGAACAAGAAGAGGAAAUAGUUUGAUCCAUUUCUACUGUAGUGUCUAAUCGAUUACAGUUCUUCAUGUAUGCAUCUCAUUAGAUUUACAACCUACUAAUCCUAAAAGAAUAAAUGGUAAGCAAUUUUAGUAGACAGUAUGACAUAUACCUUUUUCUUGAAUUGUCCUAUAUUCUUCCUUAUCCUCAUCCUCUUAGGGGUAUGGACUUUAUACAAAGUAAUAAAGGUAUUUCUAGCGCCUUUUUUUCUGGAUCCCCUAAUGAUCAGAGGGGAAAACCGAGCUUUACAGAGAUU